AUGUCCGAUUUUGAAGACGAGAUCCCAGCUCUGAUUGAACACAAGGAGGAGCCUGCCGACAAGGUGGUUCCUCUGACUAUCAUCUGCGGCUUUUUGGGCGCUGGAAAGUCGACCCUCCUAAAGCGCAUUCUCACUGAACGCCAUGGGUAUCGAAUUGCUGUUAUCAUGAACGAGUUUGGAGACACGGCAGACAUUGAAUCUAACCAAGCAAUAGCCAAAGCUAUCAAUGUCUCCUCUCCAGACGACCCGUCAGCAUCCUCUGAAGAGUUCCUGGAACUGGCCAACGGGUGUCUUUGCUGCAGCAUCAAGGAUAGCGGAGUCGCUGCCAUGGAGAAGCUCAUGGAGAAGAAGGGUGCCUUUGAUCAUAUCCUGUUGGAGACCACAGGUCUUGCCGAUCCAGGUCCCAUCGCGUCCAUGUUCUGGCACAACGAAGAGUACGCGACCGGACUCGGGCGUGACAUCACUCUCGAUGGUGUCAUCUGCGUCGUCGACGCGGUCUUUGGAAAACGGCAAAUGGAAGAAGACCAUUCAUCCGACGGUAUCAACAUCGGUGAAAGUCUAAGGCAGAUAGCGGGCUCCGACGUCAUCCUGCUCAACAAAGUGGACCUCGUAACUCCCGAACAUCUGGCUGAAACAGAGGAACUCAUCCACAAAGUCAACCCAGUAGCCCCAAUCCACCGCACUAUCCAGGGGCAGAUCGACUUGAAGCAUCUCCUCGGAAUCUCUGCCUUCUCCCGUCCUCCGCCCGAGCUCUCGCCGUCAACUCAGCCUGGGCACGUCCACACAGCCGAUUGCAAGCACGAGCAUGACGAACCGGAGAAGAAAUCAACCCACUACGAGAUCAAGGGCAUUUCAAGUCUUCAAGUCGCUUGCCCUCCCCUGACCCAGUCACAAUUGGACAAGUUUGACGAAUGGUUGCGCGCGGUACUUUGGGAGAACCACAUCCCAGAGGAAUCUCCUUCCGCCUCCUCUGCCGACGGCUCUCCGGCACUGCAAGUUCUCCGAUGCAAGGGGACAUUUGUUGUUAAUGGAGUGCACCACAUCCUUCAGGGCGUUCGAAGUAUGUACGACAUAUCCGAGUUGGAUCCCUCGCAGACGAUGGGAAUCCCCGACGUUGGAAAGGUCGUAUUGAUUGGGAAGGGCCUGGAUGAUAAUGUCCGUCGUAGCCUUGAGACGGUGCUGAAUUCAUAAGAGAGGCAUAGAUAAAGAAUACAAAUUGUAUCAUAGAUACCAAGGACAUCCAAGACUGGCGGUCAAGCACUCGGCUCCGUUUUGACUGGUGCAGCA